GCAAGCAAGAACCGGCCCGUGUGCACGGGCAACGCGACGACGCCAGCGCCGCCUCCCCCGCUGGGGCGCCGAGCUUUGGGGCAGCGCAGGCGGGCUCCGGUGUCUCGUCGCCACCACCUCACCCUCCUCCGCCCGUCGAUGACCAGGCCGGGGGCGGAAGCCGCAGAGCCGGCGAAUCCAUCUCCUCGCCACCACCUCCCUCUGCUCGGCCCGUCGAUGUGCAGACCGGGAGCCAAAUCUUCGAAGCCGGGGGAUCGAGCUCCGCUGCUGCGCGCGCCGGGGAGCAGGCUGGAUUGCCGAAGGCCAAGAAGACGAUCUUGAGAAAGAUAAUCAGCUCCGGCAAGGACAAGGUUUUUUGUAGAAAAGGAAUCGGAAGCUCGGAGAGACCUCAAGUCGGAAGCUUGGAGAGACCUCACGUGACUCAACAGGCAAUUCCCUAUGGGCAAGCCUUAAAUCAUUAUGUUGGACAGAUACUUGCACUUUAUCGCGACAGAAUAUAUGCUGUGAAUGCAAUCGGCCUUGGUGACCGCUAUUCAGAAUUUAGGCCAGUGGAAGAAGAUGGGGAGUGUUUCUACAGGAGCUUCAUAUUUUCCUACCUUGAGCAAGUUCUUGAUAGGAAAGGCAGAAAUGAGGAACGCCGCCUCCUUGCAGCUAUCCAAGAGUUGGCUGAGGAAUCUGCAUGUCUUGGAUGGGCCUCUGAAUUUUCUAGGAGCCACGAUGCAUUUAAGGAGUUGAUGAAGAAAGUAAAGAGAUGGAAGAAAAAACGCAGAUUGAUCCCCCUAUUAACUGACAGGUACAAGCGGAAACUUCUCGAGUUCUUCAGCACUUACGAUCAAACAGAAGACAUUUUUGCUUUCCUCAGAUUAGUAGCAGCUACCUGGUUGUGCUUGCACAGGGCGGACUAUACAGAGGAUAUACCUGGACUUGGAGAAAAUGACUGUGUGGCAAAUUGGUGCUUACAGCACGUUACUCCACGCCGCGUGGUGGCGGGCCGUGUUCAGAUGUGGGCCUUGGCGGCUGCGCUUCAGGUGUCCCUCGUGCUUGUGCAACUCAAUGAGGAAGCGCCUGAUGAUGUGUACGUUAGUCCUGGAGCUGACGCUGCGCGUGUGCACGUGCUGUUCACGGUCAACCACUACGACAUCAUCUACCCAAUAUAAGUCUCCCAUUGCUAGGUUAAUGUUGAGUCUGGGUGACUGCCCAUGAAUGCGGGCGGUGCUGAGCUCUAGGUGGUAGAUAAUUUGGCAUACACUGAAGCGGGUGAGCUUAUACUUGUACAUUCUUCUUCUGAUGACAUAUAAGGAUAGAAAAACAUUGGUCUGAUUAGUUUCUGUGACUAGUUCUGAUGUGCUGAAAUCAUGUAUAUAUACCUCUCAUGCCUAUUGUUUUUCCUCUGUAACUAUUUCUAUCUCUAUCAAACAUGUAUGAUAGUCGAAGUUGCUCGAGAAUGUGCUUGUAUGAUAAUCA